CUCAUCAGGCUUACCAAGAAGGAAGAGGAGGAGCUGAUAGCAGAGUGGAUACCCGAGCCACUGGUACCCAACCCACCCAAGGAUGACCAUCCAGCGCUCCACACCCGUACAGUGUAUGGCAAGCCUGGACGAUAUUUGGAUCUGGGCUCGGGAGACAAGCUGCUGAACUUAGGCAGUCACAGCUAUCUCAACCUGGGUGAGCGACCAGAGGUAGAAGAGGCUGCCCUGGAGUGUCUCCACAAGUACGGGGUCGGAUCUUGUGGCCCUCGGGGUUUCUACGGCACCACAGAGGUGCAUCUAAAGUUGGAGGAGAGGUUAGCCAACUUCUUCAAUUGUGAAAAGGCUGUCCUCUACUCCUAUGGCUUCUCCACCAGUGCAUCCGCUAUCCCGGCCUACUCCAAGAGCGGCGACAUCAUCUAUGCGGAUGAAAUGGUGAACUUUGCCCUUCAGCGAGGACUGCAAGCCAGCAGGAGCCGCGUUGUCUAUUUCCGGCACAAUGAUGUGGAGCAUUUGGAGGAACUUCUUGAGGAACAAGCACGUCUUGACAAAAAGGAUCCAAAGAAAGCCAAUGCAACCCGCAAGUUUAUGGUUAUUGAAUCAAUUUAUAUGAACACCGGCAAGAUGUGUCCUCUGCCAGAGUUGGUGAAGCUGCGCCAAAAGUACAAAUUGCGUCUCUACAUUGAAGAGUCGGUUUCCUUUGGCACGUUGGGGCCUAACUGCAGAGGAAUCACCGAUCACUACAAUAUACCGAUGAAGGAGGUGGACAUGAUCAUGGCUACGUUGGAGACAUCGGCAGCCAGUUCAGGUGGAUUCUGCGUGGGAACCAAGUUUGUCAUUGAGCACCAGCGACUGUCUGGCCUCGGCUACUGCUUCUCGGCUUCCUUGCCACCGAUGCUGGCCGCUGCUUCCAUUAAGGUGCUAGACAUCCUUGAAGCAGAAGGUUCAGACAUGGUGAUGGAACUGCAGAACAAGUGCCGGCAGAUGCAGGAGAAACUUGCCAACAUUCAUGACAAGGUUACAGUGACUGGGGAGGAUAUUAGCCCAGUGAAACACCUGAAGCUGGCCGAGUCCACAGGUAAUAGAGAAGCUGACGAGGGCAUCUUGCGGAAGAUUGUGGAGAAGGCAGAGAGCUAUAGCGUAGCUCUAACCUUGGCAUCGUACUUGUGGGAUAGAGAGGCAAAUCCUCCUCCACCCUCUAUUCGAAUCACUGUCAACAAAGAUCUGACGACAGAGGAAAUAAAGAAGGCUUGUGAUUCCAUACAGAAAGCUGUGGUGGAUGUGAUGGGGUAGCUACAUUAUAAUGCACGUGGGACGUUUUGUGAUUUAACUUAAUCGAAAAAGGUUGUUGCCUGAAUUUAGUAAGUUAAUAUAAAGAGUUAUUUAAACAGUGAGUGAUGUAUAGAUACUGAUUGAAUUAGAAUGUUAAAAGAAUUUAUAUUUUUCCUGACCUUUUUAGAAGUGUAGGAAAGAUAUUUCAUUUUAAAAACUGAAGUGAAUAUACAGAAACAAAUUGGUAGAGCGGUCACACUCACUACUUGUCGGAAAUGGCAUGCAGCCCGGUCCCUGUUAUUGCUUUGUCUAGUGAAGAUGUGAUCAAUGAGGUUGAUGAGGCACCUUUUCUUGUAAUGUACACUACCUUUCGCUCCCACAGUCAUAUGUAUUAUUCUUGUUAUAAUCAUGAGAAAGCUCUAAAUCUGUAAGUCUUAUAGUUCCUGGAAGUAAAAGGCUAUCAGGUAAUUUGAGGAUGGGGAGGCUACCUCCCAAAUUUAUCUAAUCGAGAGCCCUUCAUCAAAACAUCAAGAUACUUACUUCAAAGUUAUUUUUCUCAUAAGUAUUGUUGUGCUGAGUUCAUUAUAAUGUAGCCAAUUGCAUUCUCCAUUUUCAUAAUAAAAACAAACCAGUGGAAUGAAGAAAAAACACUGGAUACACAGUAAUUCUGUCAGGCAGGAAUAGUUUCAUCAUAAUGUAUGUAUAUAUAUACAGUAUAGCCAUUCCAUUUUUCCUCUUUAAUCAAACUGUUUAAUCACAUUUUCCUGGAUCACUUCCAGCUUAUAUAGUGCACAGCUCCAUAAAGAGUUCUAGUAAAGGUUGAUGUGCUUUGCGCUCUCGGAGUGCACCAAUACGGCGACUGCAGGGGCGGCAUCAAGGAGAUGCUGAAGCACCCAUUAAUUCUGUCGGCUCCCCCAAAGCUUCCCCUCCCAAGUAAGCUUACUAAUAAUAAAUUCUACUUUGAAACCAGCCCCUUAUAGCCCCCUCUUUCAAUCAGAUUGCCAACUCUAAACCCCUGCACAAAUAACCCACACAUCGGAGAAAGAAGCCUAUGAUGAUGAUUUAGUCUGACUUGGACCACUGACUAGUCAGUAGCCAAGUCAGACCAAAAUGUUAUAAAUUUCUUUCUAUGUGCAGGUUUUUUGUAUAUUUUAUUAAUGUUGGUAGAAUUACUGACAAUGUUCGGUAAAAGGACACAAGUGUAACUAAUGUGACAUUUUAUUGUGGCAACAUUUCGCUCUCCAGGAGCUUUAUCAAACCAUUAUGGCUUGAUAAAGCUCUUGGAGAGCAAAACAUUGCCACAAUAAAAUGUCACAUUAAUUGCACUUCUGUCCUUUUACCUAACAUUUUUAUAUAUUGUUCCAGUCACAGUAUUGUGCCUUUUUGUUCUUUCUAAACCCCCUCCUAUAUAACACUUCUAUAGCCGUCCCUGAGUGAACGCCAUAUCAUUAUAGAAUCUUUAUCGUGGUACAUGCAGUAUUCUAUAUUUGUGAUGCAAAUCCUGCUAAUCACUAAUCAUGAUCAUUGUUUUAUAAUCUAGAUUCUUUUUUUUAAAUUGCAGUGGUAUUCAUUAACAUAUCUAUAGGGAAGUGUUAAAUUCACAGGAGUUGUACAGUGUGUGGGGAAUGAGAGGUAAUUGGGUUUGAUCUAAGGAAAGGGAGAGUAACUUCACUAAUUUGAAUCAAAAGGAACAAGGCACCCACCUUGAAAAUGCAGUGAAUUUCAGAUAGACCUUUUAUAUAGUAUUUAAGUAUACUACUUUGCUUUACAUUGUUGAAUGAGGAACCUUUCAAAGGAAGUGUCUUGAUGCUGGUUUAGGGCUCUUGAUCUGAGAAAUUGGAGCUACUCUGUUUUCUGAUCAAGCCUGAUUAUCUCCUAUUCCUUAGGUGCUGUGUGACCUACAGGUUUAGCUCUUCCAGUAGCAGUAAACAAGACAAAGUUAAUGGGCAUUAUUUACAAAAGUGCUGUUUAUAAUUUGUAUUUAUAGAAGUUUGCCAUUUAUGUGAUCCUAAUGAUAUAUUUUGGUAAUGACAUUAUUAUUAUUAUUACAAUUUUAGUGAGCCGCCUGUGGCUGUGAUUUUUAUUUGUCAAGCUGGAUGACUCGUAGUUCUUUUAAGCUUUCGCCAUUGCAUACAAGGCUGAUGACUUUCUAUGAAAAUUUCACAUAAUGACCGUUAUUCUGUGCUCUCAUUCAAUAUCAAAGCAUUACUGGUACCCUUUAGGUAUUUUUAUUCAUUAAGAACCAGUAUGACUUGUAUCUGAGAGGUUACAUGCGUGGCCGCCCUCAACGAUACCAGGAAGGCUUAUGGUUAGAAAAAUAUUGAUUCCAGGUGAAUAUAUUUACUAUACAAAACAUGCAGUAUGCAGUUCAGGUUUAUAUUAUAUAAGUACAGGGUAUAUAUCUUCUAGGCAUUCUGUAUACUGACUUCAUAGGUUAUAAUGCAUAGCUAUGUCCAUUCACCAUUGACCUACAAUUUGGAGAAGAAAUUUUAGAUGACAUUCAGUAUGUUUCAGCUGGUGGCUUCUUUAGUCCAAUGCAGAGAAAGAUGGAAGAUGAGGAGUUUGAGGUAAUCAGUCCCUCGGCCUGGAGUCGAUGUGUUCAGUCCAGGCUGAGGGACUGAUUACCUCAAACUCCUGGUAAGUAAGACACAUAGGCAACAGUUAGGCAUCUUUAUUCCGAAGAAUAAAAAUGCCUAACUGUUGCCUAUGUGUCUUACUUACCAACCUGUUGGUAUUGUACACCAUUUUGAUAUUCACCUCAAACUCCUCCUCAUCUUCCACCUUUCUCUGCACUGGGUUGAAGAAGUCACUGGCUGGCAAAACGUUUCCGGAGUAAAGAUACCAAAAGUUGCACAAGUGUCUAAUUUAUUAACUUGUCAGUUUUCUAAACCAUUUAUUCAAAGUUGCAACCAAUGGUCCAGGAUUAACUGAAAUUUGCCUAACUUCCUCUCCAAAUUGGCGAGAUGCAAAUUGUUGCAGCCACAAUAUUGUGGCUUAUUCCAUUACAGUAUUACACUAAAAGAUAGAUUUUAUUUCUUUGUAAAGGUUACAAUAUGAAAUUACAAUUUUGAUUUGCUAAGUACAAAGAAAGCCACUAUCAUGCCGAGGCACUUCAGGCAGACUAAUGACUUAUUAUUAUUAUUAUUAUUAUUACAAUUUUAGUGAGCUGCCUGUGGGUAUGUGAUUUUUUUCAUCGAGCUGGGUGACCAGCAGUUCUUUUAAGCUUAUGCCAUUGCUUAUGAGGCUGAUAACUUUUUCUACGAAAAUUUCACAUAAUGAUUAAUACAGUGGUCCCUCGCUUUUCGUAGUUCUCGGCAAUCGUAAAUUUCGCCAAUUAUAGGGGUAUUUUCAUAUAAACAUGGACUCACUUUUCAUAGGUUGACUCGCGAAUAGUAGUUCGUCCGGGACGCGUGCGCAGAGUGUGAGCCGGGGAGGCCUCCCUACCCAGCCAGUCUGGCAUUGUUUACCAGUGAGUGAAGGUCCCCUCAAGUGCUCCUACGAAAUAUUUCAUAAUAUUCCACUCAUUUUAGUGCUUGCAAGUACUAAAUAAGCUACCAUGGCUUGAAAGAAAGCUCUUAGUGCCAAGCCUGUGGUAAAGAAGGUGAGAAAUAUGUACAGUGACAAACAAAGUCUUGGGCCAUUUUAGGGAAGUGUUAAAGAGACGCCAGAAACAGAGCUCUCUCCACAGUUACUUUGCGAGACAGGACUAGAGUGACUCUCAAGGUGGUCCUAGUGGCAUUAAGAAACAGAGAAGAGAAGCAACCCCAGAGAAGCAAUUGGUACCUGAGGUGUUGCUGGAAGGGGAUUUCCCUUCCAAACUGUAAACAAUCCAAUCUCUCUCCUCCUCCAGUCUCCCAUACACUAAGAAGAAUCUCCAAUAAAGGUAAGUGUUAUGCUGUUAAUGUUUCAUUCAUCAUUUCCCAUUGUAUUGUUUAUGUACUACAUGUAUAUUUCAUGUAAAAAAUUUUUUUGUUUUAAUACUUCUGGGUGUCAGGAACGGAUUAAUUGUAUUUACAUUAUUUCUUAUGGGGAAAAUUGAUUCGCAUAUCAUAAAUUUUGUUUAUAGUAGCUCCUCCAGGAACGGAUUAAUUACGAAAAACGAGGGACCACUGUACUCUUAUGCUCCCAUUCGAUAUCAAAGCUUUACUGGUAUUAUUCAUUAAGAACCUUACUGCAUAAUAGCAGCUAUCAAUGUUGUUUUCUCACUUCCAGUGAUCAUUCUUUUAUAUAGAUGUGUUGCACUUUCAGGAUGUGCUAGAGAUACUCCUAAUCAUUAUUAAUGCAUUAAAAAUAUUCUUCGUGCAUUCAGAGUGUACCUGCUAUUGGUGUCUCACUAAAUGCAAGGCAUCCUUACAUGUACGUAAAUCAGAGGUAUCCAGGGAAGGCUAAUGCAAUGGUGGCAGUAUGGCAUCUGGACCCAGAUGGCAUACUUCUCUGUUAAUAAGACAGUAUUCAGUUUAUGGCAAUAUACAGUGGACCCCCGGUUAACGAUAUUUUUUCACUCCAGAAGUAUGAUCAGGUGCCAGUACUGACCGAAUUUGUUCCCAUAAGAAAUAUUGUGAAGUAGAUUAGUCCAUUUCAGACCCCCAAACAUACACGUACAAACGCACUUACAUAAAUACACUUACAUAAUUGGUCACAUUUGAGGUAAUCGUUAUGCAGGGGUCCACUGUAUUGUUAUUAUAAUCCAAGUGGCAUUGUAUUGAUAUUUCAUCCACCAGGGACAAAACAUUGUCUUAAUCAAGCACCAUUAACUGCAUAUUGUGCUUUAUUUUCUAUCAUUGAUUUACAGGAGGGUCCCACCUAUACACUACUUAUUUAUGACUCGUGAAAUCAUAAUGACACGAUUGCAAACAAACCAUACCACGGGCGGGGAUAAAACCCGCUAUCAGAGUCAUAAAACUCCAGACCAGCACGUUAGUCACUGGCCCAGUGGCUAACGCGUUGAUCUGGAGUGUUAUGACUGAUUGCAGGUUCUAUCCCCCUGUGGUAUGGUUUUUUUUUUCAACACGUUGUUUACAUGGCACAGUGCUGACUACAUUGAAGAAGACACAAGUUACAGAAGCUGUUAUUAGAAGAAAAUUUGACUUUCAUGACUGAAGCUUUAACUGAAGAAAACAUUAUUCCAGUGUGUUUUUUUCUUCAUUGGUGUUUGAUUAAGAGUGAGUAAUACAUAUGAGGGCCUGACGUACUCUAGUUUAGUACUCUUGUAACUUAGUAAAGAAUUUCAUAAGCAUAGAACAAACACUGUAUGUGUGUGUUCUCCACUCCUGUAUAAGAAUAAACUGUGCCCACAAGCCUAAUUAUAAUAUAUAGCACAGACAAGUACCUUUCUAAUUUAGAAUAAAUUGUUUAUUUCUGUUAUUUUCCUGUAUUUGUGACACUUUCAAGUCUAUAUAUGUUGGGUUAUAAUAAAGCUGUAUUAUACAGUGAAGCAAGAGAUGAAUGUUAUGUCUUGUACUGUAUUAUACAGUGGAGGAAACAGAUGUAUGUUAUGCCAUGUACUGUGAUUACUUAUAAAAGAUGGUUUAAAUAUUUAAAACUUGUAAUGUUUUUCUUGUUUUUAAUGAAUG